UUUUUUAACUGCAAAAGGAUGGCAUUUAGAAUUUUCCUUAGAAAAUCUGCAACCAAAAUAUGAACGUCAAAUCUGGAAUCUCGGAAACAACCUUGAAAAUUAAAACAUUUUCUUCUUUUUCAAUUUUCGUUGCCAAUCUUCCACUUAUCCAUUAUUAUUAGUAUCAUUACUUUUGAGAUCAUUUUUCCAUUUAUUUUUCACCAAGUUUCUAAUAAUAGCUAUUCUGAUAACUGAUAAUGAGCUUCAAGCUUUUAGAGAGGUCUAUAAGGCACACUUUUGUCACCGUUUCCAAAAUUGUCGAAUCAACUGGCAAAAAUAAAUGUUAGCAAUGUCCAGUAAUGCCAAAGUUCACUGUCUAUUUCUAAUCUCAUUCAUCUUAUCUUUUUCUUUUCUUGCUCUCAAAUCCUCAGAGCUAAUUGUCAGAGCCAGAGCAAUAAUAGGUCUGUUCUUUUGCGUUGCUGAACGUGCUAAAGUAGAUUUUUUCCCGGCAUGAUGUAAACAGAGAAAGUUACACAAAAAAAUCAAGUUCAGCAGGUCUAGAAUCACACCCACACCACACACCACACAAACGAACAAGCCACAACGAUGAUGCACGACAGUGACACUAGUGACAGUCAAUAUGUCAUAAGUCAUGAUGUGUAGUCACGUGUUUUAUUGUUUUGACAAUUUGACAUAUGGAAUGUGGAUAUUUAUUUUUUGGUAAACAAACCUCCUAACACAAAAUAAGAAUUAUUUCUUUCAGGGGUGCAAUUUGGUAUCGGUAGCAUACCCGAAACUGAAUGUUUGGUAGCCAAGAAUUUGCCUACCCAAUAAUAUUCGUCUGCUUUUACAUUGUGAUUUAUUUUUUGCUGAAACUCUUCAAUGAUGAACGUCAACAUAGCGAACAUGAAGCCGAUUAGCAGUUCGAUCCACAUUACCGAAACAACUCUUCCUACAGGAAUCAUCUUCAAGAAUAAGCAUCUGCUUACGAAUAUAAAUUGUUGGCAUAAAUUCAUCGUUAUUAGCAAUGUAGAAAACCAGUCACGUGAUACAGUCUUAGGGGCUAUUUUGGACCACGUUCAUCCCCUUGAUUUGAUACCAGUCGCUUACUUUACUGACAAAAAAGGUUGUCAUUUCGUAGCAAGAAAUUGUGGUCCGGCUAUUCAGAAAUUAUGUAAUGACAAUCUAGUUGUUCCUAAUGGCCAAAGACCAUUGAGACUGGAAAUUAUUUUAAAAUUUGCUACCACCAAUGAGUUUAAAAUAGAUGUACAGAAAAAUAUCAUGAGUGUUUUGAGUAGGCGAUAUGAUACAGCUACAAAAACGUUGAAUUUGAUAAGGUUUUAUGAAGACGCAGAAUUGACAGAGUUUUGUCCCCUUUCACAGCCAAAAAUUAUGUUUUUCGUUCUACAUCUGUCUAAAAAUUUAGUACCAAUUCCGGAAAAGUUUUUGAUGCAGGAUAAUAGGAUAAAAAUUUUGAAUCCUCUUGAAGCUAUUGGCGGUCAUACUAUGAGUGUGAAAAUGUUGGAUUUGAGAAAUAACUGGUUGACUACUACUAAGGCCUUACAAACUUUGAAAACAUUCAAAUUGUCAGAGUUGUAUUUGGAUGGUAAUCCUCUGUGUGAAAAUUUGAGCAAUGAAGAAUAUGUUGAUCAAGUCAAAACAUAUUGUAAACAUUUGGAAAAACUGGACGGACUUCCCUUGAAUUGUGGACCGUUCCCUAGACACAAGAAAAAUUUCCUUUGCAACGAAGAAGGUGUAAAUUUGGUAAACAAAUUUCUGGAACACUACUUCUCGAUAUAUGAUUCACACAAUCGAAAAAUGAUCAAGGAUCUUUACCAUAAAGAUGCCCUCUUUUCGCUCAACACGCUGUACAUCAACGGACAACUUUCAUCAGCAACAACAAGGUUAUUCAAGUACAACAGUAUAUCUAGGAAUUUGCAUAAACUGGCAGAUUUCUCAAGACAAAGCAAGUUUUUAGUACGAGGGAAUGUGGAUAUAGCAAACGUUUUGGGUAACUUACCCGCCGUUGAACACGAUCCAUUCUCCUUUUAUGUGGAUCUAAUGUACUAUACUUGCAGGUGCGCCGUGAUCGGCGUGUCGGGCACGUUCCGCGAGCUGCCCGACAGCCUGUUGGACUCGGAGAAGCUGUACGGCUUCCGGCGUACUUUCGCCGUCGAGAUAGCGGACGGCGACGGCCGCUGCUACAUCGUCAACGACGAGAUGCACGUGCACAACGCCCUCUCCUGGCAGGUCGUCGACUCCUUCAAGGUGGCCAAGACGAUCCUCCCCGAUCUGCUGCGGCCGCCGCAGUCCGAGAAAGAGCACCAACAGAUGGUCGAGACCUUGAGAAUCGUCACGAACAUGAACACGGAUUGGUCCAGAAAGUGCCUAGAAGAAUGCCAUUACGACUUGAAAAGUGCCCUUGGACUCUUCGUGGACUUGUACAAGGGUGAUAAGAUACCUCCUGAAGGGUUUGUAGGAUAUAAAAGAAAGUGAAUUUAUUAUAAGUAAGUGUGAAACGAAUUUCUCUGAUGUACCAUUCAGUAUGUUUACUGUGUCGAUUAUUUUGUAAUAUUUGCAAGAUAUUGUUGUCUUUUAUCAAAGAUGUGAGUGUCAUCACAG